UCUUUUCACAAUUAUAUAUAUAUUCGAGGAAUUGCCUGCGAGGCUUCGACUGCGAAGGAGAUCGACUCAACCCAAAGUCGAGCUUUUCUCAUCAAUGUCCCCCUUCACUUGUCUUAACCCGACGCUGCGGCUCGGCUUCAUCCCUCUCCUCUGCUUUCGCCGCCGGUCUUUGCCAUCUGCCCGUUAUUCCUCAAUCCUUCUCUCCUAUAACAGAGAUUCCUCAUUCCUCACCACUGGAGGCGGCGAGAAUGAAAUUGUUCAGAAAAAUUCGAAGAAGAUGAUGCUUAAAGGAAUGAGAUACGCUGAACUUGAAAAAUGGGUUCAGUCGUAUGGAUACAGGCCUGGUCAGGCAUUAAUGUUAUGGAAGCGUCUGUAUGGGGAUGAUAUUUGGGCGCUUAGUGUUGAUGAAUUAGAAGGUUUAAACCGUGAGUUCAAGAAGAUGUUGGAUAACCAUGCUGAGUUUAGGGCAUUGUCUUUGAAAGACAUUCGUACAGCUACGGAUGGCACUAGAAAGAUUUUAUUCACAUUGGUAGAUGGACAAGUGAUUGAGACGGUAGUUAUACCUUGUGAUAGAGGACGAACAACUGUUUGUGUUUCAAGUCAAGUGGGAUGUGCCAUGAACUGUCAAUUUUGCUACACAGGCAGGAUGGGUUUGAAACGAAAUUUAACUGCUGCUGAGAUAGUAGAUCAGGCUGUAUUUGCACGAAAGCUGGUUUCUAGUGAAGCUGUCUCCAUUUCAAAUGUUGUGUUCAUGGGAAUGGGAGAGCCAUUUCAUAACAUUGAGAAUGUUAUAAAAGCUGCAGAUAUAAUGGUUCAUGAACAAGGCCUUCAGUUUAGUCCAAGGAAGGUCACUGUUUCAACCAGUGGACUAGUUCCUCAGCUUAGGCAAUUUCUUCAAGAAUCUAAUUGUUCUCUGGCAGUAAGCUUAAAUGCAACCACUGAUGAGGUUAGGAAUUGGAUUAUGCCAAUCAAUCGAAAGUAUAACUUGAGAUUGCUUCUUGAGACUCUUCGGGAAGAACUUCAGACCAAGAAAAAGUAUAAAGUUCUGUUCGAAUACGUGAUGCUUGCAGGAAUUAAUGACAGUGUAGAUGAUGCCAAAAGGCUUGUUGAUCUUGUCCAAGGAAUUCCUUGCAAGAUAAACCUGAUUGCAUUCAACCCUCAUUCAGGAUCACGAUUUAGACCGACUAAGGAUGAGAAGAUAAUAGAGUUUCGGAAUAUUCUAGCUGAGGCGGGUUGUGUUGUUCUAAUGCGGUUCAGUAAAGGCGAUGACCAAAUGGCUGCAUGCGGGCAGCUAGGAACACUUGGUGAGAUCCACGCUCCUUUGCUACGUGUUCCACCUCAAUUCCAGAAAGUUCUCUCACUUUAAAAGCUAGUUUAUCAUAUAUGUAACCAGAUCAUAAUAUUGUGUUUCUAUGGAAUGGGCUAAACAGAGUUCUGUGUCAACAGUGUUGUUAUUUUUAAUGGAAGCUCAUAAUGUGUUUCCAUGGGAUCAUAGGUCUUGUUAUCCAUCAUUUUGUGGCGUCAAAUUUACAUUUGUUAUGUCAAUAAUCAUAAUAAAGAUUAACUUA